CUCCAGCCGCCUGAGGCCCUGACCAGGCAGGAUGGCUGAGGGGUGAGGGAGAGGGAAGGAAAGUCCAUGGCACUAGAGCUGAGGGACCUAACACUGGGGUGUUAGGCCCUGGAAUCCGAAGAUCCCUGAGAGCUGAGAAGCCGUGUACAGAUGCAGGGUGACAUGGGGCACGGGAGCCAGGGAUGGUUCUGCUCUCUGCUUCAGGGGCAGCUCGUAGGAGCCGGGCUCUUCCCACCCUGUUCCCCAGUGGAAAGGAAGAACAGGUGUUGACUUUAAGAUGAAGACCAUAGAGGUAGAUGGCAUCAAAGUACGGAUACAGAUUUGGGACACAGCGGGGCAGGAAAGAUACCAGACCAUCACAAAGCAGUACUAUCGACGGGCCCAGGGAAUAUUUUUAGUCUAUGACAUCAGCAGUGAGCGUUCUUACCAACACAUCAUGAAGUGGGUCAGUGACGUGGACGAGUAUGCACCAGAAGGCGUCCAGAAGAUCCUCAUAGGGAACAAAGCGGAUGAAGAACAGAAACGGCAAGUGGGGAGGGAGCAAGGGCAGCAGAAAGGCCGUCUUGUUUUGCAGCUGGCGAGGGAGUACGGCAUGGACUUCUACGAAACAAGUGCCUGCACCAACCUCAACAUCAAAGAGUCUUUCACGCGCUUGACGGAGCUGGUGCUGCAGGCCCACAGGAAGGAGCUGGACGGACUCCGUGUGCGCGCUAGCAACCAGCUGGCCUUGGCGGAGCUGGAGGAAGAGGAGGGCAAGCCCGAGGGCCCUGUAAACUCUUCGAAAACCUGUUGGUGCUGAGGGUCCUGCGUGGAGCGCCCCGCACAAACUGUUCCCCUGGGGGACACGGGAGCCUGGGCUGGGCCCGCCACUGCCCUCUCCUUGAUGACCUGUGAAUCAACAGCUGCUCGGCGCCCCAGCCUGGCCCUGAGAGCUGCUCUGCCGUCCUCUCCGAGCAGCCUUGGUCCCUGGUCCCACUAUCCUGGAGUGGUUUCCUUUGGCCUGCUGUAACCCCCAGUGUGCUGCGAGCAGCGCCCCACGCCCAGCUCCCCGGCAGUGGCUGAGACCACAGGCAGCAGCUGCAGCUGUCGCUGUCCUUCCUCACGCGUCUGGCUGCUCUGCCCUUCCCACGCUCUCCCUCCUCGUGCUCCGUAUGGUGGCCCCUCCCACGCGCUGCCUGUGUCUUGCUUGCUGUGCGCUCCUGGAGCACCUCCUUCCUUCCAACCCCGCAAAGGCGAUGGGCCUGGGGUCACGGGGAGUCCCGCUCCUGCCCCGGGGAGGACCCCCACCCUGCCCCGGGGUGAGCCAAGGCUAAGGGUGCUUCCUCCUCCUCCCGCCCCACUGCUCCUGCCUGUGCCAUGGGCCUGUCUCCCUGAGGACCUCAGAGGUAGGAAGGAAAUGCCAGCUGGGGGUCCUCAGCCUGGGACCAUCCUGCCUCUGCCUGCUCCCCCUGCCUGAGCUCUGGCCCUGCUCAGCUGCCCCAUCUCUAUGGGGAACUGAGUUCAGAGGCUGCUUCAGAGAAGAGAAAAUGACGCGGGGUGGCAGGGAUAAAACGUCACCUCCAUGCGCUACCUCUCACGCAGCACGUACAGUUUCUCUCCUUCUGGGCUCCAGAGUGUCAAGACAGCACCAAGGCCUGAGUGCCGGGGCGCCGGAGAGCCGGUGACACUGUCAGGCCAACCACAACUCCAGAAAGGGGAGUGCUUGGAAGGGAACGCCCAGCUCUUAGAUGGCAGAGCAGGUGCAAGCAGGCCAGGGGCCGCGAGGCACAAAGCAGAGGGGCCGCAGCAGCAGCAGCAGCAGCCAGGGCCCCUGGUCUCCUCUUCCUUGCCUGUGUGAGAACUUUUCCUCAGAAUCUCAGGCAGAUGUGAGAGGUGAUGUCACUGUGUGGCUCUUUGAUUGAACCCAGCCUUUGGCCACCAAGGUUCCCUAGGCCUUAGCACCUGUGGGGAAGGGCAAACUCCUGGGAAGAGCGAAAGAUGGCCCUGGUGCUGUCCUCUAGUCUUUGAGACAGGGCUUAUCUGGCCCUCCUGCCACUUCGCAGGCUUGAGGAUCUGCCAGCUGCACUGUGGCUGCCAGGGCAGGGAGGACUUCCCUCCUCCCCAUUUUGCUUUCAGGAAGGUUCUUUGACCCCUAUAUCCCAAGAGCAACUUGAAGGACUCUGGUGGUCAUUGUGUCACCAUCCUGAGGUGGGAGAAGCCCAGGGAAGAGGAUUGAGUGCCUGGGGCUGGAACCUAAAGGAAGAAUCAGGCACUGAGCAUUGUUCCCCAACCAAGACCACACCCCACCACUCCAACCCCGCUCCCCUUCCUUAUUCCUCCAAAGAAGGAAGUGAAGAUAAAAUCACUGGACAUUUCCUCCUGGCUCUGGACCAACCUGGGGAGAGGCAGCAGGAGAGGGUGGCUCAGGGUGGAGGAGAGGUGAGGACGGUGAAAGAAAAAAGCAGAAAUAGGAAUAAGUCAUUGGCAGAUGAGAAACUUCAAAGCUGAGGCCUUAGAAUGAAGCCAUGAUGGCUUGGCUGCGAGGACUGACGGGAGCAGCCACGUGGAGGGGGGCAGGGUGGGGCUGCCAGGCCUGUCUGCCCUCAGCCAGGAGCUGAGAAAGGAGAAUCAUGAGGCACUGCUCCCACCUGUAGGCCAGUGUCCUGUGCGCCCUGCAGAUCGGGCAGAGCACCAGUGUCUUUCUCUCCUAGCCUCCUCAGGAAAGGAUUAUAUUUUUUAUUGUAACUUAAGGGUCUGGAAGGGAAAGCCUGGACCAGCGAGCCCUCUCCAACAGGGCCAGGGCUAGAAGCAAAAAGGGCUGGGAUUUCAGGGUGCAGCUGCACUUAGCAGAACCACAGUUGGCCUCCACCUACCCCGCCCCCAUGCCCUGCAGGUGGCCAGGCGGUGUCCUGAGCCUAGACUGUUGAACAGGCUGUUCUGGCCUGCCUUCUUGGCAUGGUCUCUGGCCCUGUGCCUUGAGACUCGGCUCGGCCCCUGGGUACCACCUGCUCCUGAGCCCCGCCAUCUCCCUGUGACAGGUGAACUUCGUGUACUGUGUCUCCAAUCCAUUAUCCCAAUUGUGAGCAGGGUUCAUUUAUUUUAAACACAGAUGUUUACAAAAUAAAGAAUAUUUCAAA